UAGCCCACCGUCGUACCGCAACGCCCCAACACGGGUAUGUGUUACUAAUAAAUACUUCACUACUUUGUGGUGUUUUAUAUUUAGAACCGGGGCCAUCGUGUUUAAACGUAGAAUGAUAUGGAGAAAAUGUUGUAGACGUGUUGCCUCUCUAGCUCUGGAAAUGUUGUUCGCACAACUUUUGGUGAGCGAAUUGCCACACGGACUUAACGAUGCGUUUCCAAGCCUGUAUUUCAACUAAGAUCAUCAUGGCAUCUGAAUCCCAUAUUCUACUCUGAAGACCGACCCGUUCACGGCACCGAUGGGGAAGGUAGACUACUCCAAAGCCGUGUCUUUCUCCUACAAUCCCAGCGCCGGAAGCACAGCCGACGACGAGGAAGAUGAAGACUUGGUCAAGGAGAGAGAGCGCCGAGAGGAGUCGCUACGGAGAGCCGCCAUAAAGGCCGCCGAGGACCGGCGGAAGAGAGCCGCCAGAGGUCGAGGCAGGGGUCGAGGGAGGGGGCGAGGAGGAAGCCAGGGGAGCCGUCCACCUCCUCCCAGGCAGCAGCAGGCACAGCCCUUAGAGAGCAUCGAAGAACUGCGCGAGACACCAGCAGUCAGUGAGAGGAUGACCUCAGCAGCAAGCGUGGUUCCGUCAGCCAGGGGUCGAGGCAGGGGUCGGGGCAGAGGGAGGGGCAGGGGCAGAAUCGAACGCCCUCCCACCGUGCAGUCGACUAGGCCCAUCACGUCGCAGUCGAAUCGAUCCGUCACAUCGCAGUCGAACCGGCCGGUGACGUCCCAGUCGAACCGGCCGGAGACAUCGCAGCGUCCAGGAACAACUAAGUCUGUCCGGCCGGUCACCCCACAGAGAGAGGAAAGGCCGCCCAGCGUCAAACCGGAAAAGCCCAAAGAAGAAGAAAAACCAAAGGAGAAGGAACCCGAGAAAGAAAAAACAGAGGAGGAACAAAAACCAGCAGAACCAGCAGAACCCAAGAAACAGUUGAAGUUCACAACUGCGGUGAAGGUCCGGAUGUUCAUGAAGUCCUUCUUCAAGAAGAAACAAGAACAAGCUGCUCCGGAACCAGAGCCUGAAAAGAAGGAAGAGGAGGACAAUAAAGAGGAAGAGCCGAAAGCCGAGGACAAACCGGCAGAAGAGGUGGAUGAGCAACCGGCAGUAGCGGCAAAAGAGGAAGAAAAGGAAGAUGAAAAAGAAGAACAGAAAGAAGAAGAACCAAAAGUUGAGGAAACGAAAGAGGAGGAAAACGAAGACGCCAAUAAGUCUCCAUCACCCACGAAAGAUGAAGAGGUGAAACAACCGGAACCAGAGGAGAAGACUCCGACGCCGGAACCAGAACCAGAACCAGAACCAGAACCAGAACCAAAAGCGUCAUCCCCGGCCCAAAACAAAGAAGAAGAAGAGGAUGGAGCGGCUGCAACAGCAAGACCUGAGAGUGUCAAGGAAGAGCCAAAAGAAGAACCAAAAGAAGAGCCGAAGGAAGAAGAAAAAGAAGAGAAACCUGAGCCAGAGAAAGAGCCGGAAUUGACCGAGGAGGAGAAGGAGAAGGCGCGGAACGUGCUGGGAACUUUAUUCGGCCGCCGUGCCCCGGCGGUACAGGUUCCCUCCGAGUCCAUGCGAGCUUCUCGUGUCAGUCUCCGGAGCAACUCCACCGUCGAUGAAGAGGAGAAACCCAAAAAGGGCUUCUUCGGGAAGCUCUUCGGGAAGAAGAAACCCAAUGACGACGCGGCUAUGAGGGCGUCCCGGGUGAGCCUGAUGAGCAAUAGUAGCCCGAGAGAGGCCAGCAGCAGCAUGAGCAAGAGCGUGAUUUCCGUCAAACAGGCCGAGGAAACUGGGGCUGCUCCGCCAGAGAAAAAGGAAACAGUGACCCCUCCUAAGGCGAAGAGUCCCACGCCCUCACCUCCAGAGGAAACCCCGAGAAAGGAGCCGCAACAGGCCGCUAAACCGGACCCAGACACCGGCUCGAACCGACCGGUGAUUAUCAUCAACGCGAGUGCCAAUGACGGGUCACUGCAGCGGUCCAUUGUUCAGGCUCUCACAGGGAAACCUCUCCCGGAAACCGAGGAACAGCAUCCACAGCCGCCACAGCAGCAGCAGCAACAGCAGCAGCAACAGCAGCAGCCGGCGGUACCGCAACCUCCCGCAUUUCCUCCAAACACGGCAUAUACCGGUCUUUCCCCGCAGAUGGUGCCCUAUCCCAUGUUCCAGCCACCACCGUUUUACGGUCCGCCCAACCCGUAUUUUUACCCGCAAAUGCCGCCCGCGUACGGCGGUUAUCCACCGUAUACAAUGCCCAUGUCCAUGCCACCAGUAAAUAACCCGGUGAUUCCCUACCAGCAAAAUCCAACCUUCCAGCAACCAGCACCGCCUCAUCAGCAGCCGGCACCGCCUCAGCAGCCAGUAAUCCAACCAACCAAUCAGAAUGCGUAUCCGCAAAAUUAUAACAAUCAGCCAAUAGCCAGCCAGAACGUGCGCGCUCACGCGGUCCAACCGCAACCGGUGGGCCAAUCAUCGCUCGGCAUUGUUGAAAAACUUGACGCUGCUCUCAAAGAGGAAAGACGGCGCCCGCCAGUGUCAGAGAAUUUAUUCGACGACUCAGACUCGGACGAUAACUUUUACAACACAGAGCAAAGGAAGAUAAGGAGGAGAAAACGUACUGGGAAAGAGCAAAAGAGGCUGGAAAGGGAGAGAAAAUUACUGGAGGAAGAAGAGAGGGAGAAAGAAGAGGAAGCAAGACGGAAAGCCAAGCCCAAAACACCGGUACCAGAGGUGGACCUGGCCGGUUUGCUUUCGCUGAUAGAGACCGGUGAAGAACCGCCGGAGCCGGUGGAAAACGAACCGGCCGGAGCCGGUGAUGAAUCGCGACCGGAGAGUAGAACCAGUGUGUCUGAUCGGGGAACAGUAACCCCCAACGCGGGUAAUGGCGAUGACGACGAACUCAACCGCUUAUUAGCUCAACUCGGAGGCGCCCCCAGCACCUCACCCAAAGACAAUCCUCGCAAGAGUGCUAAAAAGCGGAAAAAAUCCGCCGCGAAACCGGAACCAGAUUUGGCCAGGGAAAGCACACUCCUUGCCUUGCUGAAAGACGAACAAAGGCAGCAGCAGAACAACUCUGCCGGUAAAAAUCGCCGGAGAUCCAUUGCCGGUUUUGCGAGUCCGACGAGACUGGACACCGACAAGCGGAACUCGGUGCCGAAUUUGGGCCUGCAGCCCAUGGGCAGACCGGGCGAGGUGGCCGGGUUGCCUCGUCCACUUGGACAACCCUCGGACGUGAAUGGGAAUCCCGUUCCGGUGAACACUAGGUCUGCGGAGAGGCUGCUCCACGAGGCUCAGAAACAGUUGAUGUCCCUCAAACAAUCGCUGCACUGACCAACGGGAAAUGAUUGGUAACCAGACUCAAAACGCGAGUAUGAAAUGCGAUAUGUCAUUGGUCAAUAUUGUGCGUGGAUGGGGCCGGCAUAAUAUGCAAAUAGAAAUCGCGAGAUGUGAUGAUUGGUUGGAUUGUUUACGACUCAUGUCGAAUGCUUUACGUCAUUGGUCAGUGGUGUGUGUGUGCCGCGGCCGCCAUAUAGGGAAAUUAAGUGGCAAAAAAGGUGGUGUGCUAUUGACUGGAACUACUUCAAAAUGAACGAUUAUUUCAUAAUUAAGCUGUGUGUUGAGCAGGCUUAUGGGAGUACAGGGUGAGUAAAAAAAACCCCGAAACCCAAAAAUGUC